ACUAUUGUUUAGUAAUUCUCGGUAUUAGGGCUCCUUACAAGUUCGCUAGAAGAAUAGCUAAGAUUAUUUGAUAAAUUUAUCUUAUUAAACUAGUUGUUAUUGAACUAUUUGUAUAGUAGUUAAUAUAUAUAAACAAUAUGUUCAAUCCUAAUGAAACCGUGUAUGCUUAUCACGGUCCUUUAAUCUAUGAAGCAAAAGUUGUUAAAACUUAUGAUGUCAGACAAGAUAAAAUAUUUAAUUCAGAAUUGAAAGUAGAAAGUCCUAAGGAGAAUCUUAAGUUUAAUUAUGAACUUUUUAAAUCUAAUAAAGAAGAUGGAUAUUUAUUACAUUAUCAAGGAUGGAAUUCUAAAUGGGAUGAAUGGGUUAAUCAUGAAAGAGUAUUGGCAUUUAAUGAUGUUAACAAAUUUAAAAAAAUGGAAUUGGAUCAAUUAAAUAAACGUAGAAAAGUUAAAGCUACAUUAUCUGGUACGGCAACAUCUCCAAGUCCAAGUAGUGGAUCUAAGAGAAAGGAUGAUAGUAAGAGUAAUGGAUCUGUCAAUAAUAAGAAACAAAAAUUAAUACUUCAUCAAAAUGGAAGUAAUGGCUCAGGUAGCUCUAAUAAGGGAAUCUUACUUCAACUUGAAUUUAAUAUUCAACUUAAAUAUUUACUCAUAAAUGAUUGGGAAUAUAUUACUAAAGAUAAACAAAUAAUAAGUUUACCAUCUUCAAAACCUAUAAAUACAAUUCUUCAAGAUUAUAAAACUUGGAGAAAUUCACAAUUAACUAGUGAAGAUCAACGACGAAUCCUUGAUGAAAUUUUAUUGGGAUUAGAGGUUUAUUUUAAUAAAUCUUUAAGUCUUAUGUUACUUUAUAAAUAUGAAAAUUUACAGUAUCUUGAAUUUUUGAAGAAAGAUUUAAUUAAUAAUUCUAAACCACAACUGAAAGUUUAUGGAAUAGAGCAUUUAUUAAGGCUAUUAAUAUCAUUACCAGGAUUACUUAGUGAUGUUUCUAUGGAUUCAAUAAGUAUUAGUGUAUUGAUCAAUGAGUUGAAAGGAUUAUUAGAUUUCUUAAAGAAUAAUUUAGGUGAUUAUGUUAAUGAAUAUGUAAAUACCAGUCCCCAAUAUGAUAGUUUAGCUAGAGCAUAAGGGUUUGUAUACUAUAAAUAAAUACUACAAUCAAAAGGUAAAUAAAAU